GGCGGAGGGACCGGAGGCACCGUCACCUGGCGCUGCGGCGGGGGCGGGGCGCGGCGCCUUGUCUGCGGCAGCCCCGGGGCGCUGUUCGGCCGCUUAAAGCAGCGGGGCCGCCGGCCGGGAGGGGCGUUCGGAGCAGUGGCGGCCGCAGAGCGAGGGGAAGGCAUGGAGGGCAAGGAUCUGGCAGCGGGGUCCGCGGGGGAUGAGGGCUCCAAGGAUGCGCUGGGCAAGCCGCUGGGUCCCACGCCGAGCCAGAGCCGCUUCCAGGUGGACCUGGUGGCCGAGGGGCCCCGCAAGUCAUGCGGGGACAUCGGCGUGGCGGGUAAGGGAGGCGAGGAAGCCAAGGGCAGGUUUCGGGUGAACUUCGUGGACCCCUCGGCCGGCGGCGAGAGCCCUGGCGAGCCCGGGGGAGGCAGCUCCGAGGGCGGCAACGUGAGCGGCGUCCAGAACGGCGGCGACACGGUGAUGAGCGAGGGCAGCCUGCACUCGGGCGGGCACCACCACUACUACUAUGAUACCCAUACCAACACCUACUACCUGCGCACCUUCGGCCACAACACUAUGGACGCCGUGCCCCGUAUCGACCACUACCGGCACACGGCCGCCGACCUGGGCGAGAAGCUGCUCCGGCCCAGCCUGGCCGAGCUGCACGAUGAGCUGGACAAGGAGCCCUUUGAGGAUGGCUACGCAAAUGGUGAGGAAGGCACACCAGCUGGGGAUGCAGCUGCUGCUUACACACCUGACAGCAAAGGGGUAGUCAAGUUUGGCUGGAUAAAAGGUGUGCUGGUACGAUGUAUGUUAAAUAUUUGGGGUGUGAUGCUCUUCAUCAGACUAUCAUGGAUUGUAGGACAAGCUGGGAUAGGUCUCUCUGUCUUGGUUAUUGGAAUGGCCACUGUUGUGACAACUAUUACAGGACUGUCUACUUCAGCAAUAGCCACAAAUGGGUUUGUAAGAGGAGGAGGAGCAUAUUACUUAAUUUCCAGAAGUCUGGGGCCGGAGUUUGGUGGUGCCAUAGGUCUGAUUUUUGCAUUUGCCAAUGCUGUGGCAGUGGCAAUGUAUGUCGUUGGUUUUGCAGAGACUGUUGUCGAGUUACUCAAGGAAAAUGGAACAUUGAUGAUCGAUGAGAUGAACGAUAUCAGAAUCAUAGGGGCUAUCACAGUGGUUAUACUGCUGGGCAUUUCCAUUGCAGGAAUGGAGUGGGAAGCAAAAGCACAGAUAGUCCUGCUGGUGAUCCUCAUUCUUGCUAUUGGAGACUUUGUCAUAGGAACAUUUAUUCCUCUGGAGAGCAAGAAGCCCAAAGGUUUCUUUGGUUACAAUGCCGACAUAUUCAUGGAGAAUUUUGGGCCAGAUUUCCGACAAGAGGAAACUUUCUUUUCUGUGUUUGCUAUUUUCUUCCCUGCUGCAACUGGCAUACUUGCUGGUGCAAAUAUCUCGGGGGACCUUGCGGAUCCUCAGUCAGCCAUACCUAAAGGAACGCUGUUGGCCAUCUUAAUCACUACAUUGGUUUAUGCAGGAAUUGCAGUAUCUGUAGGUUCCUGUGUGGUUCGAGAUGCCACAGGGAAUGUUAACGACACCAUUGUCAACGAGCUGGCAAACUGCACCAGUGCAGCCUGCAAGCUAAACUAUGACUUCUCAUCCUGUCAGGCAGGGGCAGGCUGUCACUAUGGGCUGAUGAACAAUUUCCAGGUCAUGAGCAUGGUAUCAGGAUUUGCACCACUGAUUACUGCAGGUAUUUUCUCAGCCACACUGUCAUCUGCAUUAGCAUCUCUUGUGAGUGCCCCUAAGAUCUUCCAGGCUUUGUGCAAGGACAGCAUUUAUCCAGGAUUUCAGAUGUUUGCUAAAGGCUAUGGGAAGAACAAUGAGCCACUGAGAGGAUAUAUUCUAACAUUUUUAAUUGCUCUUGGAUUCAUACUAAUCGCCGAACUGAAUGUCAUUGCUCCAAUUAUUUCUAAUUUCUUCUUGGCCUCAUAUGCCUUGAUUAACUUCUCUGUAUUCCAUGCUUCUCUUGCAAAAUCUCCAGGUUGGCGGCCUGCUUUCAAAUACUACAAUAUGUGGAUUUCUCUCAUUGGAGCUAUUCUGUGCUGCAUUGUAAUGUUUGUCAUUAAUUGGUGGGCAGCACUUCUAACUUACGUCAUAGUCCUUGGGCUUUACAUCUAUGUCACUUACAAGAAGCCAGAUGUGAACUGGGGAUCCUCAACUCAAGCCUUGACUUACCUGAAUGCUCUGCAGCAUUCCAUCCGGCUCUCAGGAGUGGAAGAUCACGUGAAAAACUUCAGACCUCAGUGCUUAAUUAUGACAGGUGCUCCAAAUGCACGUCCAGCUUUGCUUCACCUUGUCCAUGCUUUCACCAAGAAUGUGGGCUUGAUGAUCUGUGGCCAUGUACAUAUGGGUCCUCGGAGGCAAGCCAUGAAGGAACUGUCAACUGAUUUGGCCAAAUAUCAGCGAUGGCUAAUUAAAAACAAGAUGAAAGCUUUCUAUGCACCAGUGCAUGCAGAGGACUUGAGGGAUGGAGGACAAUACCUAAUGCAGGCUGCUGGUUUGGGUAGAAUGAGACCUAACACCCUUGUUGUUGGAUUUAAGAAAAACUGGAGACAAGGUGAUAUGAGAGAUGUUGAGACCUACAUCAAUUUAUUCCAUGAUGCCUUUGAUGUUCAGUAUGGUGUAGUCGUCAUUCGCCUCAAGGAGGGCCUGGACAUUUCUCACCUUCAGGCCCAAGAUUUGCUGUCAUCCCAAGAGAAGUCUCCCUGUGCCAAGGAUGUCAUAGUAAAAGUGGAUUAUAGCAAGAAGUCUGAGACAGACACUUCCAUAGCUUUUGCUCCAUCAUCCAGUGAAAGAACUCCCACUCCACGCAAAGAGGAGGAUGAGGAUGGAAAGACUCCAACACAACCACUGUUGAAUAAAGAUUCAAAGAGCUCCUCCUCUCCUUUAAAUAUGACUGACCAAAGACUUCUUGAUGCCAGUUCUCAGUUCCAGAAGAAACAAGGCAAGAGCAAUAUUGAUGUCUGGUGGCUCUUUGAUGAUGGAGGCUUGACACUGUUGAUUCCUUACCUUAUCACAACCAAGAAGAAGUGGAAGGACUGCAAGAUCAGGGUGUUCAUUGGUGGAAAAAUAAACAGGAUUGAUCAUGACAGAAGAGCGAUGGCCACUUUGCUCAGCAAAUUUCGGAUAGACUUCUCAGAUAUUAUGGUCCUUGGGGAUAUAAAUACUAAGCCAAAGAAAGAAAAUAUUGCAGCUUUUGAGGAAAUGAUAGAGCCCUUCCGACUUCAUGAGGAUGAUAAAGAACAAGAAGUUGCAGAUAAAAUGAAGGAGGAUGAACCAUGGAGGAUAACAGAUAAUGAGCUGGAGCUUUACAAAACAAAGACUUACCGACAGAUUAGGUUAAACGAGUUGCUGAAAGAACAUUCAAGUACAGCCAACAUAAUUGUCAUGAGCUUGCCAGUGGCACGGAAAGGGGCAGUUUCCAGUGCACUGUACAUGGCCUGGCUGGAGGUGCUCUCUAAGGACCUGCCACCCAUCCUCCUGGUUCGUGGCAAUCACCAGAGUGUCCUCACCUUCUACUCCUAAGAGUGCUGCCCAUGGCCCAGCUGGGAGGGGAUGGUACUGCAGUGCCCAGGGGAGAGUGGCUGCCUCAGCUCAUCAACAUCACCGAGGCAAAAAGUGACUCUUCUUUCACUGUUUCACUGACUUGAAAGCACACAAGGAAAAGUCACUGUAUUUCUAAAAGUUGUGACAUCUUCAGUUUUAUUCUAUAUUUUCUGUAAUUUAAUCUUGCUUAGUGGGGGAGGAUUCCUUGUUAGACUGAAGAACAAGACGAGCUUUUUGUUUGCUAUUUGAAUAGCAGCAAUAAAAUGUUGUAUUUUUGAUCAAUGAAAGGAUUAUAGAUUUAUAAAAGCCUUUUAGCCUUGAGGUGCCUUCUGAAAUUAACCAAAUCUCACCCAUACAUCCUAUUUUGUAAAUUUAUAUAGAAUGUCAAAAUCUGCCUUCAACUAAGAGUUUCGAUCAGACUUCCUUUAGUUUUUAGUCUAUUCCAUAUUACAAUAAAAAUGAAUGCUGCUUUUCAGUCUUC